AUGGCUGCAGCUGCCUCAGUUCAUUCAUUUAUUGCCUGUUGUAACUUGGAAGCAUUCUUUAGGAUGAAGAGAGCUAGGGAGAAAGCUGUGGUUGAAAAUGAAGCUCCUCAAACAUCGCAGAAAAGCAAAAAACAGAAAACUUGUUUAUAUGGCUCAGUGUUUGGUGAAUCUGACUUGCACACCUCCAUGGACUGGGGAAGCCUUCCGCACCACGUUAUUCUGCGUAUUUUUCAGUUUCUGCCUUUAGUAGAUCGAGCCAGGGCAUCUUCUGUUUGUCGAAGGUGGAAUGAAGUUUUUCACAUCCCAGACCUCUGGAGGAAAUUUGAAUUUGAACUUAGCCAGCCAGCUACUUCUUAUUUAAAGUCUACGCAUCCUGAUCUUAUUCAGCAGAUUAUCAAGAGGCACGCUGAUCAUCUGCAGUACGUCAGCUUCAAGGUUGAUAGUAGUACUGAGUCAGCGGAAGCAGCCUGUGACAUCCUUUCUCAGUUGGUGAACUGUUCUAUCAAGACACUGGGUUUGAUUUCCACAGCAAAACCAAGCUUCAUGAAUGUCUCUAAGGCUCAUUUUGCUUCAGCACUGACAGUAGUUUUUGUAAACUCCAAGUCAUUAUCGUCAAUCAAGAUAGAUGACACACCACUUGAUGACCCUUCCUUGAAGGUUCUUGUUGCUAACAAUAGUGAUACUCUAAAACUGCUAAAAAUGAGCAGCUGUCCUCACGUAUCACCUGCUGGAAUUCUUUGUGUUGCUGACCAGUGUCAUGGACUUAAGGAGCUGGCUUUGAACUACUACAUAUUAAGUGACGAACUGCUGCUGGCUCUUUCAAGUGAAAAACAUGUUGAUCUUGAGCACCUUCGCAUAGACGUUGUGAGUGAAAAUCCUGGACAAGUUGAGUUUCACACUAUUAAAAAGCAAAGCUGGGAUGCUCUUGUUAAACACUCCCCCAAAGUCAACAUUGUGAUGUAUUUCUUCUUAUAUGAAGAAGAAUUUGAUGCUUUCUUUAGAGAGGAAACCCCUGUUACACACGUUUACUUUGGUCGUGCAGUAAGCAAAGCAAUGUUAGGUCGUAUUGGCAUGAAUUGCCCAAGGUUAAUUGAGUUGGUUGUAUGUGCUAAUGGACUUCAACCUUUGGACGACGAACUUAUUCGGAUUGCAGAGCGCUGUAAGAACUUAACAGCAAUGGGACUUGGUGAAUGUGAAGUAACUUGUAGAGGUUUUAUUGAAUUUGUAAAGAUGUGUGGAGGCAGGCUUACCCAGCUUUCUAUAAUGGAGGAGGUACUGAUUCCAGAUAAUGAUUAUAGCUUAGAUCGACUUCAUCUGGAAGUCUCCAAACACCUUGGAAGAAUGUGGUUUCCAGAUAUGAUGCCAACAUGGUAAAUUCUAUACGUUUGUGGAUAAAAUGGUAGAAUCAGGGUGUUGCUUUCUAUGCAAAUAAAGAAUUUAAAAAUGAAAUAUGAACACUUAUUUCCAGAUUUGAGUUUUUCUACCCUGAGAACCUCUAGUAGUGUAAUGGCAAAACAUUCUAGAAUGUUAGUGUUAUAUUGAAAUAGAAAAUAGAUUAAGUGUACUUAACACUUCUGAAAGUAUGUCUGUGGUUUACAGGUGCUUCAAACUUCAGUGAACUUGGGCUUCUCUGAGCUUCAGUUUAAAUGUUCCAGUCACAUUAAAGAUUUUUUUUUUUUC